AUGACGAAGAGCGUCCAUGUCGAGCUCUUCAUGUCCAUCGACAAGGAAGCGGCGCGCAACCCAAUGAAGCGCAAGGCGCCGGUGCUACUGAGCCUGCUGCCGACGGCGACGGCCGCCGACGUCAUCCGUCACUACCAUGCCCACGCGCUCGGCAACACCUUGCUGCAGUACGUGGCGCGCGGCCAGAUCCUCGCCAAGGUCACCAAGGCGCCCGGCGAUACCUCGGCGGGCACGCGCUACAAGCGCAUCGCCGACAUUGGCGCUGUCCAAGACCUCGGGCACGUCUUGUAUCGCCCGUGUACAGAAAUGCAACAGGCGCUCGAGCAGGCCAACUGCGUGACGCCAGCGGUCGUGGUCCGACCACAGCUGGAACAGAUCCAGACGCCCUCGAAAGACCACCGAAGUACGCUUAAGCGCAAGGAGCGCACCGCGUCCGAAGACCGCCGCCGCUUGUUGAUGAUGCUGACGGAUCCCGCCGAACUGACGUCGCGGAUGCGGGACGAUAUCUCGGACGACGACGACGACGAAGGCUUGUCGCGCGCCAAGCACGCCAAGGCCUCGCCAUACUCGCAGGGCAUGCCGAUUGCAGGCAUCGCCCGACCGUCGUCCUCUUCCGCCUCGUCGUCCCAGACCAACACGCCCGUGGAAAUGCUCUCGCGCAACUUUGCCAACCUCGAGUUUGAGCCAAUGGAGUCUGACGUUGACGACACGCCCGACAUAUUUAUGAGUCUCCACCCGCGUCGGAACGCGAUGCCGUCGCAGUCACCGGUGGGCCGCGAGGCGCCGACGACACCAACGACGUCCGACUCGAACGUGUUUUUGCCGCUGGCCAAGCCGCGUGGAUCGAGCUCGCGCUACUCGAGCUCCCGCGGGUCGCUGAGCACGGUCACGUCCUCGCCAACGAUGAGCACGCACACGUCGCCGUCCUUGCUGAGCAUGGACCUGCCGCGGCACUCGCGGUCGCGGCCGUCGCUCGAGAGCCCGUGCCGGCGCCCGUGCUUUCCGACGCCGACCAAGUCGCGUCCGUCGAGUGCAAGCAACCGGCCGUCGCUCGACGGCGUCUUUGACUCGAUGCGGUCGACGGCGCGCGCGUCGUCGGACCUCCGGCCAUCGGACCUCUCGGACGCAAUGGACACGUUCGAUGAGAAUGCGAUCGCCAUGUACACGCCCUUCUCAUAUGCAUCGCUGCUGGAAGGGUCGAUCCUUGUCCAAACCGAUUUCUUCGGCAAGUACAACCUCGGGAAGCAGCUCGGGCACGGGUCCUUCUCGACAGUCUCCGAGUGCUUUCCCCGGCACGACCCGUCGACCAAACUCGCGGUCAAGGUCAUUGACAAGCUCGCAGUGCACGAGCCGCGCUUCCUCUCGCGCGAGAUUGAGAUCAUGUCGUCGCUGCACCACCCGGGCAUCGUCAAGCUCCUCGAGCUCUUUGAGACGCCGGACCAGCUCUACUUGGUCAUGGAGUUUUGCGAAAAAGAAUUGUUUCAAUUUAUCGACGAGCACGGCCCGCUGCCCGAGGCCCAAGCCAAGGUCCUCUUGCGCAAGCUCAUCCAGACGACGGCGUAUCUGCACAAAAACGCCAUUGUGCACCGUGAUAUCAAGCCCGAAAACAUCCUCAUCGUCCACGACGACGUGUGCCACGUCAAGCUCUCGGACUUUGGCAUUGCCCGGCGGCUGCAGGGCCCGUCCCGCACCGCGACCGUCGUGCCCGACCACGCGAUCUUUGCGUCGACAGACGACGACAGCAGCAGCAGCUUUCGGCCCCGUGAGCGCUUUGCCCGCGCCCACACCAAGUGCGGCACGCGCGACUACGUGGCGCCGGAAGUCAUGGGCGGCAAGGGCUACGGCACGCAGGCCGACAUGUGGAGCAUCGGCGUCGUCUUGUACGUCGUCUUGAGCGGGUACGCGCCCAUGUUUGGCCCGGCCGAGGGCUCGACCGACGUGGUCGUGCAGUUCAGCGACGACGUAUGGGACGCCACGUCGCCGGGCGCCAAGCAGCUCAUCAUGAGCCUCCUCGUGCGGAACCCGGACAAGCGCAUGAGUGCGAACGAAGCCAUGCUGCACCCGUGGCUUCGAUGA